UACCUCAGUCUAGUUCAUUUCAUACUCAUGGCAAUCUCACCCAGUCAUAUUCCUCCCAAUGGGUCAGUUGUAACUAGCCUGGAUUCAAUACUGAGAGAACGCUGCUCCAAAUGCGGACGAUUUCUACCAAGACCGAGACGCAGAGCAUCAGAAAAGGGCCCUUAUCAGUAUGUCGAGGAUGCGGAAGUAGCAACAGCUAGACUGAUGUCAGGAAGGAGAUCCAGAUCGAGAUCAAGUUCACGUUCAAGAAGAUCUAGAAAAAGUACAAGUUCGAGGAGAUCUAGAAGGAGGACAUCCAAACGAAAGCGCAGCAAGCGCUCGCGUAGGCGCUCCAAAAGAUCGAGCCCGAAAUCUGUUCGCUUUUCUCGUGCAAGCAGACGCCUACCCAUAACAACUUUGCAUAGGCGAAGAAAAAGGAAGUCCAAGCGAUCAAAAGUUUCGUUAAGCUCAAAAUCGAUGCAACGGAGAGGUCUGCGAAAAGUUGUGCUUGUCAUGUACAGAGACCAACGAGGAAGAUUUGUCCGGGUGCCACGCCAUCACUAACACAAUCUGUGAAACAAUUUCCAAUCUUUUUGGAGUUGUUGGCAAUACUAAUUUCUCGAUGCGACCACUUAAUGGUCGAUCAUCACCACUUAACCACUAACAAUGAAGUUUUCUACUGGCU